AUGUCCGGUUCUCCGCAAUUUAAGAUAUCCAAGUGGUUGUGCGCAAUGCUGCAGACUGUGCUCGCCCUUUACAAUAACCAUUGCGUCAAGGACACAUUCGAGUUCGUAGAUAAGAUCAGGAAAUCGAAGUUUGAGUCGUUUGGUUACAUGUGCUCGUACGAUGUCGUCAGUUUGUUCACCAAUGUUCCAUUGCGUGAAACCAUUGAUAUUUGUGCAGCAGCGUUGUACCAUAACAAGUCCGUGACUCCACCAGAUUUGAAUGAGAGCGAAUUUGUCAAACUCAUGUUAAUGGUCACUUCUGGCGUUGAGUUUUCCUUUGACAAUGUCAUGUAUAAACAGUUGGAUGGAGUUGCGAUGGGAUCUCCACUUGGUUCGCGUGGCGACACUCCGUUGCACGAUGCCGCCGGGACAGGUAACCUCGAGGUGUGUCAAGCGCUGAUCGCUGGAGGGGCCGACUGUAACAUCAAGAAUGAGUAUGGCGACACUCCGUUGCACCUUGCCGCCAGUAGCGGUAAACUGGAGGUGUGUCAAGCGCUGAUCGCUGGAGGGGCCGACUGUAAAAUCAAGAAUGAGGCUAAGGAGCUCGUGGAGGAAGCCGGGAGGAUAGCUGGAACGUGGAAACGCAUGCAAAUAUUGGACUUGAUUAAGACCAGCUUGAUACGUGAAGAGUUUGGUGUUGAGGGUUACACUGAUCCUACUGAACUGAUUGCCAACGUGUGUGGAGCAGAAGGUUCAGGGAAAUCUACCUUCAUUGCAUCCUUCACAGCAGAAGGAUUCUUCAAUAAACUACGACGUAAGGAGAAUCAACCGGACAUGAAGGCAAAAGAUUUAGCAUCCCGAACAAAGGGAAUUGAAGAAACCAUUUACAACCAAUCGAAGGUGAAGGUGCAUUUCCGCGACUUUGCAGGCCAAGAACAUUAUACCGCGUCGCAUGACAUUUUCACGGUUGCCAUGACAGCACCAUCUGUUGCUGCAAUAGUGGUGGACGGCACACAGUGUGUUGAUGAGAUCGCACAGACUGUCAGUGCAACUGCCGCCAAUAUUGUUGGUCGCUUGUGUGCACCUGAUGAUGGCUCUCUACAGACUGAGCAACAAGAACAGCAGCAGCAGGAGCAGCAGGAAGAACUGCAACAGACGCAGAAACUUGAUGUCAUCGCCAUUGCCACAAGAGCUGAUAAGCUUAAACCGGAACAGCGCACUGAAGUGGAGAAUGCCAUAAGGAGAGGAAUGAAAUCAAUCUCUCAGCACUUGGAUCUCUCCUUUGUGAGAGUAGUGGAUGCUAGAAAGUCCGACAGUUCCAGCAUGAAUGAUCUUAGGAGACUAUUCAUGAGCUUGGUGAACCGAGUGUUGGCGAAAUCUCCCAAGCAACCACGUUCGCUGCAAAUGGCUCGAAAGCAUUUGGAUGCGGUUCAGGCAUCUAUGCCCAAUCCAUACUGCUCAAGAGAUGAGUUUGUGCUGGCACUCUACAAUUCAAGCCAAGGAACCGACACUGCACCGUCAGAACGAUUCGCUGACCGGAUAGACAGAUAUCUACGCAUCUUGAGUGCAUAUGGAUAUGUCAUAACAUUCCCGGAACUGAAUGAUCUGGUGGUUCAUCAGCCUCGCUGGCUCCUGCAGGACGUGAUCGGUUUCGUGUACUCUUCCAACGUCUUCCCAAUCGGACCUGAUGGCAUUGCCAGGGAGUACAAGAUUAGUGAAGAGGAGUUCGUCCGUUCACUCACUGCCUUCGCCAAAGUCGGCGAACAUGCUCCACUUUGCGUGCGUUUGGUUCUACAGCUCGGCUUGACCAUCCGCUAUCAGAAAUAUAUCCUUGCUCUCUCCCUGUUUCCUGAGUGCACCCAGCCAUUGAAGGUGCACAGAGCCUUCAUGACCUCACAAGUGAUGGUUGGCUCUGUGUACACCUGCAAUGGCUGUGUGCCAUUCUCAUCUGCGCUCAUUGUACAAUACCAAGCACGUGUGUACGAUUACUCCGCCUGCUUUUUCUCCAGUACUGAUCCUAUGUUCUUUAAGAACGCCAUCAUUGUCCACCCGUAUCCGCAUACAACAGCGCUGAUUGUGUUUUCGUCCGACCGUCAGCGUUGUUGUGUUGUAGUGACGUCCAGUUGCAGUAGGUACCUGCAAGUAGUUCACCAUGUUCACUGGUUAUUUCGUCGUCUCUUCCUCGAUCUACUCAAGAGGUACAGUCGUGGUACUUCGGUAGAGCCCGCUGUACUCAGCUUGAGCAGCAUGCGUCAGCUUAUCGAGCAAUCGGCUUCACCAGCUGCAAUCUCUUCAGCUGUUGGAUCGUACUCAUCCGAAGCCGUCAUUCGUGCUGCCAACAGCGCGCAAAGCAGAGAUGUCAAAGAUUCCAGUGGUGUCUUCGUUGACUCAGUUGAGGAUCUCCACUACGUUCCUGCCACGCACGUCAGCAUGCUUCCUGUUCAGUGUACCGAUCGCCUGGAGAGUCUGCGAGAUUCUUCAUUCCUGGACGAUCUCCAAUCACAUCUAGACGUGAGUGAGAGAGAGAUCAGCAGGCUUGCUGGUGCUGCAUCAGUGUCGUCCACUGGAUCGAGUCAGACGAAUGCCUCGCUGGUUUUGCUGGCGUGGUGCAGCAAAAGUGACCGUCACACGUCCACUCUGCUGUUUAGCUUGAUAGCACAGCACUGCUCCUCUUCGCCAUUCGCCAACUUCUACCGAGAGAUUUGCAAGAUGCUGGAGGAGAAUGAGAGCAUGCUGCUGAACGCAUUUCCUGACAUCAUCACCUAUGAGCAACAGCGUUUCAACCAGGAAGAGCGUCUCCGCUGUGAGAUUGAGAAUGUUCCAUUGGCGGAUGAUUGCUUCCAAACUGCACACGAGACGUCCUUCCUUGGCCAAACCCCAUGCAUGGGGAUGCUCCGAUCUCAUUUGCACGCCAUGCGCAUUACGGAUAAGCUGAUCGUGGACUCUGACAAGUACACUCUGGUCCAGGAGGCUGAGGUAGCAGCAGAAUUGCUCACAUCAACAGUAGCACCAGCAGCACCACCACCACCAUCAGCAGCAGCACCAGCAGCAGCAGCAGCACCAGUAGCAGCACCAGCAGCAGCACCAGCACCACCAGCAGCAGCACCACCACCAGCACCACGAGCAGCGGCAGCAGCAGCACCAGCAGCACGAGUAGCAGCACCACGAGCAGCGGCAGCAGCAGCAGCACCAGUAGCAGCACCACGAGCAGCGGCAGCAGCAGCAGCACCAGUAGCACCACCACGAGCAGCGGCAGCAGCAGCAGCACCAGUAGCAGCACCACGAGCAGCGGCAGCAGCAGCACCAGUAGCAGCACCACGAGCAGCGGCAGCAGCAGCACCAGCAGCAGAAGCAGCAGCAGCAUCAGCAGCAGCAGCAGCACCACCAGCAGCAGUAGUAGCAGCAGCAGCAGCAGCAGUGACUGUAGCAGAGAGUGAAGCUGAUCCAUUUGACGACGACUUGUUCACCGCACAUAUCUUACCAAAGUUGUACAAGAUAUCUUGUGAUGCACUGCGGCAAAGCGUUCAGGCAGAAGGACUCCUGAGUGGUUUUGAUCCCCUUCCGGAACUAAACCGUAUAGAACGAGUUGAAGGUGUAGAGAGUCAUCACCUGAAGUUGAUUGGAUACAUCCGUGCUGGAGAGCGGGAUGCAUACAGAAAGCUGUGUGCAGCAGUGAGCAAGCUCAACUUGCAAGAUCUGCACAACACCAUGCUAAGGCUACUGUAGUAGGAACUCUAGGCAUGAUGUGAUUCUGCUAGACUGCUUUCUCCCAGCACUCCAUGUACAUCACUGUUCAGAUUCUGCUAGACUGCUUUCUCCCAGCACUCCAUGUACAUCACUGUUCAGAUUCUGCAAGACUGCUUUCUCCCAGCACUCCAUGUACAUCAC